AUGGGAGGGCUGCAGGGACUGGGAGAUGGCGCGCCAACACCGCCCCCCAAGGGCUGGACCCCCAAAACCGUCGUGGAAUAUCAGCACCCCCUGGACCCUGACGGCAAGAAGGGUUUACGGCGUCAGGAUCUGACCCGCUCCCAGUUCCUGCAAGAGGUCUGGGCCUGGAAAGACCGGCACGGUGACGAGAUCCUGCAGCAGCUGCGGGCGCUGGGGGCGUCGCUGGACUGGAGCCGCUGCGCUUUCACCAUGGACUCCGGUUUCUCACGGGCGGUGGCGGAGGCUUUCGUCCGGUUGUACGAGGCCGGGUUGAUUCACCGCGACCGACGUCUUGUCACCUGGUCCUGCGCCCUGCGCUCCGCCCUGGCCGACGUGGAGGUGGAGCCCCGCACCCUGACGGGCCCCACGGCGCUGCGCGUCCCCGGCUGUCCCCAACCCGUCACCUUCGGCGUCCUCGUCACCUUCGCUUACCCCGUGGAGGGCGGGGACGGUGAGUGGCUCGUGGGACCCUCGCGUGGCCUCGAGUGUCCCUUUGUCCCCUCCUGUCCCCUUCCGCACGCGGCCCUGCGCGUCCCGCCUGGUCCCGGGUCCUCCAAUGUGCUCUGCCGCGCGCGUCACCUCCAUGGCCGCCACCUCUGUCACCCCUUCACGGGACAGCUCCUGCCCGUCGUCACCGACCCCGCCGUGGAGCCCGCCCGUGGCACCGGGGCGGUGAAGGUGACACCGGGGCACAGCCCCCCUGACCUGGCGCUGGCCCGGGCCCACGGGCUGCCCCUGCUCUCCGUCAUUGGGGACGAUGGCACCAUGUGUCCCCCGGGCGGGGGGUGGCUCCAGGGCGUCCAUCGCUUCGUGGCACGGGAGAAGGUGGUGGCGGCGCUGGCCGAGCGAGGGCUGUACCGCGGCGCCCAGGACCACGCCAUGACGCUGCCCAUGUGCAGCCGCUCGGGGGAUGUCAUCGAGUACCUGCUGAAGAGCCAGUGGUUCCUGCGGUGCCGGGAGAUGGCACAGCGUGCCCAAGAGGCGGUGACAUCAGGACAUCUCAAACUUGUCCCCAAAUUUCACGAGAAGAACUGGAAGACGUGGAUGGACAAUACCCCCGACUUGCAGCGUUUCUACCCCACGACUGUGCUGGAGACGGGCAGCGACCUCCUCUUCUUCUGGGUAGCACGCAUGGUCAUGCUGGGCCAGCAGCUCACCGGGCGCCUGCCCUUCUCCCAGGAGCUGCAGGAGAGGCUCCACCGCAAAAUCCUGGACCCCCACGAGGUCACGGUGGCCACAGAGGGCCAGGGCACCGACGCCCUCCGCAUGGCCCUGUGCUCCCACAACGUCCACGGUGACGACGUCCGCCUGGACGUGGGGACGGCCCUCAGCUACCGUCACUUCUGCAACAAGAUCUGGAACGCCGUCAAGUUCGUCCUCGCCGCUCUGGGGCCGCGUUUCGUCCCCCAGCCCCCCGAGGAGACGGUGCCGCAGCACCCCAUGGACCGCUGGGUGCUGAGCCGGCUGGCGCAGGCGGUGGGCGAGUGCGGGCGGCGGAUGGAGGCCCUGGAGGUCCACGGCGCCGUCGCCGCCGUCCACCAUUUCUGGUUGCGCAGCUUCUGCGACGUCUACCUGAUGGAGGCCGAGGUGGCGGCCAUGCAGGAGGUGGUGAGAGCGGCGCGAGCCCUGCGGGACACCUUUCGCCUCGGCGCUGCCCGGCCCCCCGUGGCGGUGCGGUGCCCAACGGAGGCGCAGGAUUCGCUGGCGGCGCUGGGCCCCGCCCUCCAGGCCCUGGCGCAGGCGGGGCCUCUGCAGCUCCUCCCCCUGGGGGCGGAGCCAGAGCCGGGCCCCGGCUGGGUGGGGGCACCCGCGGGCCCCGCCCCCCACGUCUACCUCUGCCCGCGGGGGAGUGGGGGGCCCCCGGCCUUGUCCCUGCCCAUGGCCGAGGGGUGCUCGCACGCCGUCCCCCCGCGUCCCCUCCCCGGGGAGGUGACGGCCACCCCCGGGGACGUCACCACGGACCCCGAACCUGCAUGGGGACAGGCUGGAGGCGUCCCCGAGGGGGAAGGUGACAGCGGUGUCCCCAUGGACACUGUCACCGUCACCCCCUGGGCCAGCGGCAUCACCAUCACCGUCACAGCGGCCCCGGCGGACGAGGACACCGGGGACUUUGGGGACGAGGACGUCCCGGGCUUCGGGGACGAGGACAUCGGGGACGGGGACGUCCCGGUGACAAGUGACGCGGGGCGUGGGGCCGUCCCAGUCGUAUGUGACAAGGACAUUGAGGACAGGGAUGUCACCACCCCAAAGGACGUUGGGGGCAGGGAUGUCCCAGCCCCUGCAGACAAGGCUGUCCCGGCUCUAAGGGACAUUGGGGACAGGGACAUUGUGACCCCAAGGGACGUUGGAGACCGGGAUGGUCCAGCCCUUCUGGACAAGGACACUGGGGACAAGGAUGUCACGGCCGUAAGGGACAGGACGUUGGGGACAGGGAUGUCACCACCCUGA